AUGGGAAAUUGCAACGGCAUCCCGGCUGCCGCCGACGGUGGCGCCACCACUACCAUCUCCUCAAACCCCAUCAAUUCAAAUGAACCGCCACCUCAGAAACGAUCUCCACCCAACGGACUCACGAUUCUUCCUGCAUCGGAGCCGGCGCCUCCUCGCCAUCCGCUGCCGGCUACCGUCGGCCGUGUCCUCGGCCGGCCAAUGGAAGACGUUCGUGCAACCUACACAAUCGGCCGCGAGCUAGGCCGUGGCCAGUUCGGUGUGACGUACCUCGUCACUCAUAAAAGCACGGGCCAAAAGUUCGCUUGCAAGUCGAUCGCGAUGCGUAAGCUGAUCAACAAGGAUGAUAUUGACGAUGUCCGGAGAGAGGUUCAGAUAAUGCAUCAUCUCACUGGACACCGUAACAUCGUCGAACUCAAAGGAGCGUACGAGGAUCGGCACUCUGUUAACCUAAUCAUGGAGCUGUGCGCCGGUGGGGAGCUGUUUGAUCGGAUUAUUGCCAAGGGACAUUAUUCGGAGCGUGCAGCUGCUGGACUGUGCCGGCAGAUUGUGACAGUGGUACAUAAUUGUCAUACGAUGGGGGUGUUUCAUAGAGACUUAAAGCCUGAGAACUUUUUGCUCUUGAGCACUGAUGAAGACUCACCGUUGAAAGCUACUGACUUCGGUCUCUCGGUGUUUUUCAAACCAGGAGAUGUAUUCAAAGACCUUGUUGGAAGUGCAUAUUAUGUAGCUCCUGAAGUGUUGCGCCGGCAUUAUGGUGCUGAGGCGGAUAUUUGGAGUGCGGGCGUAAUUCUCUAUAUUUUACUCAGUGGCGUCCCACCAUUUUGGGGAGAAACCGAGCAGAGUAUCUUUGAUGCGGUUUUACGUGGGAAUCUCGAUUUUGUGUCUGAUCCUUGGCCAAGCAUAUCAAGUAGUGCCAAAGAUCUUGUCAAGAAGAUGCUAAAGGCUGAUCCUAAAGAAAGGCUCACUGCGGUUGAAGUCCUAAAUCACCCGUGGAUGAGAGAAGAUGGUGAUGCAUCAGAUAAGCCCAUUGAUAUUGCUGUGCUUACAAGAAUGAAACAGUUCCGAGCAAUGAACAAACUUAAAAAAGUAGCUUUGAAGGUAAUUGCAGAAAAUCUUUCUGAAGAAGAGAUCAUUGGCUUGAAAGAGAUGUUCAAAUCCAUGGACACAGAUAAUAGUGGUACAAUAACCUUUGAAGAGCUGAAAGCAGGCCUUCCUAAACUUGGAACCAAGCUUUCUGAGUCAGAAGUGAGGCAAUUAAUGGAAGCGGCUGACGUCGAUGGCAACGGAACGAUAGAUUACAUUGAAUUUAUUUCUGCUACAAUGCAUUUGAAUCGCGUGGAAAGGGAAGACCACUUAUAUACAGCCUUUGAAUACUUUGAUAACGACAAGAGCGGAUAUAUAACAGUGGAAGAAUUGGAGCAUGCCUUGAAGAAGUACAAUAUGGGUGAUGAGAAAACAAUAAAGGAGAUUAUUGCAGAAGUUGACACAGAUAAUGACGGACGAAUAAAUUAUGAGGAAUUUGCAGCCAUGAUGAGGAAAGGCAACCCAGAGAUGAUCGCCAAUAGACGUCGUAAAUGAAACAGAUGACCCACCCACGUUCGUUUUUCCUCUUCAUUUUCUGCGAGCUGAUGAACCCAGUUAUAGCAGCAGCCUGUCAGUUUUCCGAUCUUUCAAAUUCAUAUAUGCUAUAAAUAUUUGUCUUGAGGUAUGUGGCGUGCUAUUUAAUGAUGUCAAGUUUUUGUUAUGAGGGUAUUUAUUCUUUCUGGGGUACAUUGAUUUGUUUCCCAGAAGUACCAGAUUGGGGUUUGAAAUUGAUAUUAUAUAUAACGUACCAAUCUGUGCUUGUUUCUGU